UUGUGAAAUUGGAUCUGAAGGUAUAAGCCAUCACAGGAACUUGAAAUUCAAUCAAAUUAAGUAGUAACUUAAGUCUAGAUUUUCUAAUUGAUUCUCUUUUACAGAGAUGGUAUAUGUUGAGAAAAAUCUGAAAUUCUGGGCCCCAGAAAAUGCCAGAUUUUUCUUAUGUACAAGGGGAUAAAAUUUUGUUUAACAGUGAUUUAAUUUUUGUCAUUUGAAUAUUCCGAAAAAUACCUAUGAUGAAAUGAGAUUUUUGUGACCGCAUGACUGUUGUCUGCCGUGUGCAGUCAUCGAAUUUAGCACUGGCCCGGUGGCCCAUGGCCUUCGAAAAUUAGUUCAGGCCAGUGAAAAUUUAAGAAAAUUAAGUUAAAUAUAUAGUAGAAUAAAUUCAAAACUGGAAUUCGGGCUAGUAAAUUCAAAACCUUAAAUUCCCUGACUGUGUGUGUUGGCUGUAGUUAUCAACAAGUGUAUAAAGCUAUAUAACUGCUGCAAAAGAUUUUGUUCCAAUUUUGAAAAAAAAACACUUUCAAAAUGCAUGUAUAAAAGAAAUAUGUUAGUAUAUGGCUUAAAAGUGUAUACAUGCCACUUCCUAACCUGUUAAAAUCUUUUUUAAAAUAGCUACAUAUUUACAUGAUAAUUUGUUCCUGAUCAUUUUAUUUUAUUUACUUCCAAGUUUAUAUAGAGACUUUUACAACUCUUUUGAGAAUCCGUAAGAUUUGGGAAGUAAUUUUUUUUUUGCUGUUGAUAAAUUCAUUAGAUAUACCCUUUUAUAGACAGGUAAUGGGUUGAUUAGUCUGUAAAUAUAAAAGCAGGUAGUCAAAAGAAAUAAAUUUUUGUUAGUGUUUUAUUAAUAAUCCCAUCAUUAUAAAUCCACAUAUUAAUUAUAUUUUAAAAGAUACAAUGUAUAGUUUGAAAUAUAUUUUCAUCAUGUCAUUUCGUUGAUUUCUGUUGAUUAAGUGCAUGCCUGAUAAAUUUAGCUUCAUCAUUCACCCUCUGAUUUAUCAGACACCUCGGCAGAGCCUCGUCUUUUUUUCUUAUCCUUGUACGAUAAAUUUUGUAAUAUCAGACACCAGCAUGGUGUAUAAUUAUAGAGUUUGAUCUAUAUCAUGUUGAGUUGUCUAUAUACAUGUAUAUAUACAUGUACUUAUACAUGUAUAUAAAAUUGAAAGUCAAUUUGAUAAAGUCAAAGAUAAUGAAUUGAUUAUAACUUUUGCUUUUGUGCUUGUGUUUGUAACUUCAAAUUCAAGUAAUUGUUAGGUGUUGAUUCUUAAAAAGGGCUGGCACAGUUCUUUAAAUUUAUUUAAUUCCUUUUCCCCAUUUAACUACUUUUAUUUUCAUGUUCUAUUUUUAUGCUACAUAACAGUUACAUGUAUUGCUAUUUUUAGCGGUAUUGGAUGUAUGGUAAUGUCUAUUUAUAGCCAGGUCAUGAGCAUGCUCAGUGGACAGAUAAACAAAUAAACAUGUUGCAAACAUGUCUGUGUGGUAGUCUUCAAUACUGUAUAAAUACUACACCACUAUCGGUUUAUUUCAUACACCUUGCGAUAGAGCAAACUGAUAAAGAUAACUCUUACAGAGAAGCUUUGAGAAAUAAUCUUCCAAGAUUUGUCUACCUUUAUAUUUGACAAGAAUUCACUAUAUAGAAAUGGCUUUACCAAAUGGACCAAUGGAGAUUGUUUUCUCCUUUGACACAACGGGCAGUAUGAGCUCAUGUUUGAACGAGGUACGCGGGAGAAUCGCGGACAUGGCUCAGAGACUUCAGGCUGAUAUCCCCGGCAUUAAAAUGGCGAUCUUUGCACAUGGAGACUAUUGCGACCGGCACAAUUACAUCACAAAAUUUGUGGACUUCACGGAUGAUGUAACAAAACUUGUAGAUUUUGCCCAAAACGUCAGCUCGACUGGUGGCGGGGAUUCAGACGAAUGCUAUGAACUUGUUCUACAUGAGGUGCGCACCAAACUCUCAUGGACACCAGGGUCACAAAGGGCACUUGUCAUGAUCGGUGACUGCAAUCCCCAUGAGCCAAAUUAUCCUGAUAACAAGUUAAAGUUAGAUUGGAGAGUUGAAGCAGAUGAAUUGGGAAAAAUUGGUGUUCGAAUUUACUCUGUACAAUGCCAUACCUAUAAUGCUGACAAGUUUUAUUCGGAAAUUGCUCGCCGCACUGAUGGUCAACAUUUAAAAUUAAGUGACUUUAAAAACAUUUUCGAUUUCCUGAUGACGGUCUGCUACAAAGAAAGAGGGGAUGACCUGUUUUUCAAUUACGAGAAAGAAGUAAGGGCUCGUUCUUCAAACAUAAAUAAAGACUUGCAUAAAUUGUUUGGAGAUCUUAGAGACAAAAUAGAUACAGCUCCUGAUACACGGUCUGAAAGUAGCAUAGAACCAGCAAAAAAGCUUGGAAAAGGGGGGGUGAAAGUGGCAAAGAAAGUAAAUGCAAAAGGAGCGAAGCCUGUUCUUAAAGCUGUGGAGAAAUCGCCUGCUAGCAUUAAGAAGGUGAAAGCAGUACCUGCCCACAAGAAAUACGAGGGUUGAUCAAUAAAUUCGUGGACACACUCCAUAAAUUGUUUUUUUGAGGAAGGAAAGUUAAUAUAAUUAUAUGUGACAUUUAUUCAAUUAUUUAUCAAUUUGAUGUGUAAGUUUCAGAUAAAUAAUCCAUAUAUUUUAUCCAAAAUGACAGUUUUAAGAAAUACAUGUAAAGCUGAUCGCCGCAGCUCAUUUGCAACUUACGUUACGUCGUGACGUCGGCGUUACAUCUUCUCAAAAACAAUGCAGCACCAACUUUUACACAUCGUUCAUGCCUGUGUACCCACCGACUGAAAAUGUUCUUAUACAAUGAAGUAUCAAAUGAACGCAACACAGACAAUGCUAUGGACUGCAAAUCAUGGAACCCGGUUAACUUGUGUCCCUUUAACUCUGCCUUCAAUUUCACUCGCAUAACGUUCGCAUCGCAACAAGUUUUAAUUGGUCUGCCGCAUCUCUUAUCAUCUUGAAGUUCUUCUCUACCCUCACAGAAGUGUAUGUGUCACUUAUAAACUAACGAAUAAGACACUUUUUUUGUUCCAGAUACAAUUUCCAUGUUUUCUUUAGUUUGCUUUGGCGUCAUACCAAGAUUUACACAGAACUUAAUUACUGCCCUCUGCUCCAACAACGUCGUGCUCCUCUCUGGUGACACACCCCUGUCUCCAUUAACAUCUCCAACAAACAAAAGAAAUAGUAGCGACGCUUGCUUUUUUUAAUGUUCUAUAAACGAUAUGAAAGAACGUUGCCGUCAUUUUCAUAUUUUAAAGAAGCACGCCAAAAUAAGGACAUUUUUUAAGUAUUUCAAAAUGGUAAAUAUAACUUUUUUUUGAGCUGUGGCGUUCGUACGGUAUAGGGUUGCUAUGGCGAUACAUAUAAUGAACAAAAUGAAAUUUGUUUUUAAAAAAUCACAAUAUAUUUGAAUAGUAUUAAAUUCUUCUCCUAAAUAGCAAAAAAUCUUUAUAAUAUCUUGAUUAAUUAUUAAGUUAUUAAUAGUGUCCAUGAAUAUAUUGAUCAACCCUCGUACAUGG